AUGUUCAGUCGCUUCAAAAAGCCGGCUCAACGUCAAGCCUCAUCACCAAUCUCCCCUCCAGUCAAACAAGCACCUCCAGGCGCUGGCGACGGCGCUUCACCCGAAAAGAAAUGGAUCACCGGCCCGCCUCUCUGGAUCUUGUUCGGAGGCAUCUGCCUGACAUCCUCGAUUAUCACGCUCUACGUCUCCAUCAUUGCGACCGCGAUUCCCUCCAUCACCGCUGACUACGGAACCAUCGCCGAUCUCGACUGGUACAGCGUCGCGUACCUGCUCCCGCUCUGCGCCAUGCAGCCCGUCGCCGGUAAGGUUUACACGCUCUUCGAGCUCAAGCGGAGCUUCCUCACUUAUCUGGCGACGUUCGAGCUGGGCAACCUGGUCUGCGCCCUUGCGCCCACGAGCACGAGCUUCGUCAUCGGACGGGCCGUCGCCGGCAUGGGUGCCGCGGGCCUUUUCAGCGGCAGCAUGGUCAUGAUCACGGCGGCAGCGCAUCCACGCAUCCGUCCGACGUUGAUGGGGCUCGGGGUCGCGAUGACGGCAAUUGGAGGCGUCGUCGGGCCGGUCAUUGGCGGCGCCAUCACCCAGAACAUUGGCUGGCGGUGGUGCAUGUGGAUUUUCCUGCCGCCGGGGGGCAUCGCCGCUCUGAUCUUCAUGUUCGUCCGCAUCCCCGAGCAGACAGCCAAACCGCCCCUGAAGGAGAUCCUGCGAAAUCUAACACGCUACCUGGACCUCAUUGGCUUCGCGCUCUUUGCACCGGCCUGUGUGAUGGUGCUGCUCGCCUUCAGCUGGGGCGGGCAGCGCUAUGCCUGGGACGACGCUGUCAUCAUCGGCCUGCUGUGUGGUGGCGCCGGGGUGGCCGCUCUCUUCGUCGUAUGGGUGUGGUACCGGCAGGAUGAGGCGCUGAUCCCGCCGUCGAUAGUGUCGAACCCGGUCGUCGCAUUCGGCUGCUGCCUGUCCUUCAUGCAAGGCGGUGCGUUUCUCAUGAUGGGGUACUAUCUGCCGCUGUGGUUCCAGUCGGUGAAGCAGGCCAGCCCCACGACCAGCGGCUUGAUGCUGCUGCCAACGAUGGUCGCGCAGAUCAUCGCUUCCUCCGUUUGCGGUGCGCUUGUGAGCAAGCUGCGAUACGUGCCCCCUUGGGCCUUCGUGGGAAACGCGCUCUCAUCCAUCGGAUCCGGCUUCAUGACCGCCUGGACUCCGUCGACGUCUGAAAGCAAAUGGAUAGGAUACCAAAUCCUCGUCGGCGUUGGUCGCGGUUUCGUGCUCCAGAUGCCCGUCAUCGCGCUGCAGGGCGUACUGCCCGGCGACCAGAUCUCCAUCGGCACCGCGUCCACCAUGUUCGCGCAGUACUUCGGCGGCACCAUCAUGUUGUCAAUCGCCAAGUCAGUCUUCGAAAACGAGCUGCCGAGCGAGCUGGCGACGUACGCACCCAGCGUGAACCCGGAGGCUGUAGUCAACGCCGGCUCAACGGGCAUCCGGAACGUGGUCACGCCUGCGGAGCUGUCGGGAACGCUCUUCGCGUACAGCAAGUCGCUCAUGCUGACAAUGUGGCUGCCGACCGCCGCCGCCAUCAUCUCCUUCUUCCUCAGCUUCGGCCUCGGCUGGCACCGCGUCGCGCCCCGCAAGAAGCCUGGCGCUGCCUCAGGAAGCUCCCCAGAUGCCUCCGGCUCCGCCCCUUCUGACCUCCCUGGCAACACCUCUACCCAUGAAGGCGACAUCGCGCCGACGGAGCAGUCCUCGACGUGGCGCAUGUCGUGGGGUCCCCUGCCGCCCCUUCCCACACUGCCCCCCCCUGGCGCCCAUGUCGUCGACGCUACGGGAGGACGUAGAGUUGGGGCUCGUGGAGACGAUGGAAAGCCCGCGGUGGAGCAUGAUAGAUCCCAAUGGACCCGGGUACUUGACGAGGCCCGGUACGGGGCUCACGAAUGUCCAUGUCGGGGAGAGGUCGGUGACGAAGGAAUUCUUCUAAUGGGAGAGAGAGAGUGA